ACCCACCCAUCAAACCAACUAUUCAAAUUUCAAAGAGUUAGUUCACUCAUUUAUUUUCAUUUGAUUCAACAUAACCAACAACAACAACAAAAAAAACAUAGGCCAAAACUAUGAAGCUCUCUUCUCUCUUCAAGAACUCAUCACAAACUUCUUCUCCAUGGCCAUGGCCAUUACCAACUUGUACAAAACCAAAAACCCUAUCUUUUAGAUUAAACAAAGACGACGACGACAACAACAACAACAUAUUCAACUCCACUUUUCAUCUUGAUAAUGAUAAUGACACAACUAGUUAUAGUCUUGAUGAGUUCUUUAGUGAAGUUGAUGAAACAAGUUUUUCUACUACAACAACUAUCAAUGGUCAAGAUUGCAUAGAGAAAGUGAUUAAAGGGUUGAGAUUAGAGAAAGAGAGGUUAUUUUUUGAUUUUCAAGAAUCCAACAAUAUUAUUAAUACUAGUACAAGUGUUGAUAAUAUUGAUAUUAGUUUUGUUCCAAUAUUUGAUAAAGAAAGUGCUAUAGUAAUGGGAUUGGAUUCAAAAGAUCCAUUUGUGGAUUUUAGAGAAUCAAUGGAAGAAAUGGUUGAGGCACAUGGGGUUCAAGAUUGGGAAAGUCUUGAAGAGUUAUUGACAUGUUAUUUGAAAGUGAAUUGUAAGAGUAACCAUGGUUAUAUUGUUGGUGCUUUUGUUGAUUUAUUGGUCAAUCUUGGAACUAACAGCAAUGAUGAUGGUGUUGGUGGUCUAAGUUGCGCGGACUCUUCAGUUCUGAUGUCGCACCCGUUUCAGUUUCUUCAAAAAUACACUAGUUUUGGCGAAUCGAACACGCACCCAUCGACUCUAGGUGCUAGUGAUUCUACAAUGAUGAAAAGUGUUAAUGAAGAACAAUGUGUAUCAUCAUCUUCAACAACAACAAGUCAUAAUUCAUUCACAUCUCCAUUGUCAUUUUGUUCUUCUUCUACUAGUUCAUCUAGUGUUUGUUUGUCUUUGUUAGAAGAAGAAGAUGAGGUUAUUCAAAGAAAAAAACAAUGUUGAUGUGUAUAGCAUUGUUUUCAUCAUCCUUUUGAUUUGGAACAAAAAUUUAGAAAAAAAAAAUGUAAAUGUAUACUAGUAGAGUAGUACUAGUUCUAUUUUUUUCUAUCUAUAAAAGUUAUUAAUGUUGACUCUCUUUUAA